UGACCUGGCAUCACGCGGCCAACAUUCUUUUAGCACUUGUCUAGCCGCUAACGCAUCUUCAUUGGCGUGUUAAUCCUGGCUUGAGCGCGAGUACGUAGGAUCGUAAUCCCACAGAUCUUUUUCCAUCUUCUUCCACCUCCAUUUUCCGCCAUCAAAAAUCAAUCUUCUUCCGCAACCCCACAACCUCUUCAUCAACCGCAACCAAAUACAAUCUCGAACGCACCCAACAACCUCAUUCUCAACUUCUCAAUCAUGUCUUUCUGCUCAGAAAACGACGACGACGACUAUCCCCUCCCAUCACCCCCCGAAUUCACAUUCACACCCUCCGACGUCCGCCUCCUCAUCAACACCCCCGACGACACGCUUGCCUAUGCCCACGUCUCCUCUCACGCCCUCGUCCUCGCCAGCCCCGUCUGGAAGAACUUCCUCUUUCCCCCCUGGUCCACAUCCACAGAGAAGGUACUCGAGCACGACUUCAGCGACGACGACCCCGCAGCUUUGCUCGUUCUGCUGCGCAUUGCGCACCUCAAGCUCAAGGGCAUCGAAGAGUUUGCGCCUUCGAAGGAUCUCCUGGUCGACUUGGCCAUUCUGUGCAAUAAGUACGUGUGUGGGGACUUGUUGUAUCCUUGGAUUGCGGGUUGGGUCGACAGGCAUUGCGGUGGGAAGGUGGAGGUGAUUUGCAAGCGUUUGGAUCAAUCCCUUCGGAAGAAGAUGUACAAGCCUACGUCGACCUACGAGAGCCAGCUUAUGAUGUUGGUGGGGUGGAUCUUCAGAGAGCAUCCUGAUUUGACGGAGUGCUUUGCUGCCGGGGCUUCUUGGAUGUUAUUUCAGAGUGCGGAAUUUCCUGAAUUCCGGAGCAUUGGCCGUUGUCGACUUCGAUCAUGGGUACGUUGUGUAUAUAUGCUUGAUGCAGAGGAAGAAGCUAAUGUUCGGUAGAGGAGAUUUGUAAUGCUUGGAACAAGAGCUUUGAUCUCG